GGAUCAGCUUCAGGAGCUUCUGUAAAACAAACAACAGAACCACAGAACAGAGAACAACAGGUUGGACCGCAGACAGACUUCUACACCUGUAAGAAGAUGCUGCUCGUCUUCCUCUUCCUCCUCUUCUUCUCUCCAGGUGCAGUGCUGUCCCUGGACUGCUAUGUGUGCAGCGCUUCUGCCACCAAUGAAGAAUGCAACCAGAGCAGUCAGGAGUGUCAGCUGCCACUCGACACGUGCAUGACUAUCGUCGACACGUUAGGCGCGCUGAAGGCCAUCGUGAAGCAUUGUGCCAGCAGGGCGACCUGCAACGGAGCCGCGUCCUUCGCGUCAGUCGACUCCAACGGAGACGGAAACUCUGUCAACUGCUGCAACAGCCACAACUUGUGUAACUUCAGCGGAGUCGACUCGAUUCACAAACACACAACACUGCUGCUGACUGUGUGUGUUUUGCUGCUGCUGACACACUGAGGCCAGACGCACAACUGAUCCACAACCAGCCUGUAAUAAUCUGUUCUAUAACGCAUCAUGUAAAUAGUGUAUAUUAGAGACAUGCUGUAAACACACAUGAAGUACAUGUACAAUUAUAUAUUCCAGGAUUUAUAAUAUUUAUUCUUCUUGCUGUAACUUAUAGAAGCUGCAUUAAGCCUUCUAGCACUUCUAUUUAUAUGUACCGUGCUGUGAGUUGUGCUCCUGUUUUCUUUAACGUCUUAUAGUUUGUCGUGUCCAUGUUAACGGUCUAUUAACUUAUGAAGCCCAAAGUCCACGGUAAAGGAUUUUUUCUUUUUUAAAUUCCAGGAAAAACACAUUUGAAGUCCAGGCUUUUCCUCUGUUCCUUAUCUACAUCAUCAAGUGUCACAUUUAUAAAAUAUUCGCCUGGUUUGGUGUUUCAGAGAGAGGCUGAGGAGAUGAGCAGCUGCAAUGUCAAGUAUGAGAAGAAUAAUGUGUUUUUUUGAACAUGAAAACAUAAAAACAUAUUUUGUUAGACCCUAAAAAUACAAUUAUGAACCUGUAAAUAAAACUCAUUAUGUAUAAUACGGGGCUCUUUAAAACAGAAAGAGUCACUAGAAUGGAGAAUAAAAUGAAAUGAAAACUGUGUAACUACCAAUGCUGCAGGUAUAAAAUGGAAUUGAAUGCAAAGACUGAUUUCGUCAUUAUUUUAUUUCAUUGUUUUUUUCCUCCUAUUUGACAAGGUGGCUGAUUUAGCCCAGACAAAAUAAAAACCAGUGUUUACUAGUACGAGUUCUGUACAAUUCACCAGUGAUACACACCAGUAUAGCUUACAAUAUACCAA